CGGGCGGACAGACCCCGCCCCCGGCCCCACGGCCGCCGCCGGCCUUAAAGCGGCGAUGCCACCGUGGCGCUAGCGACCUGCGCUUAAAAGGGCAGCGCCGCCAAGCAACCGUCCUCAGACUAGUCGGGGCGCACACCCCACCGAGGGGCCGGCGGGCUUCUCACCGGACUCCCCACGCCGGCAAGCCCGCCCCACAGGUGUUUGCAUGCGUAGGGAAGAGUCUUUGAAAGCUGCUUUUGGAAUGAACAAGCAUGGAUCCCAGCAGUGACUACCACUUCCUCAACCAGAUUUUGUGGAGAAGAGUGAAGCUCACGUUGGUUUCUGGCAUCUUUGAGGGCGUGCUCCAGCAUGUGGACCCUAACAAGAUUGUGGUCCUGAAAAACGUGAAGAAUGUGGAGACAGGCCGGAGUGUCCCAGGAGUGAAGAUGUUUUUUGGGCAUGAGAUAUUGAAUGUGGAACUAACGGAAGAAGCAGAAGGUGGAUCGGGAGAAAAGGCGUCCUUUGUUAGCAUAAAUACAGAAAGAGCUGGAAUAGAGAAAAUGAAAAACGAAGACUUAAAUUUAUGUGAGCCUGCUUCCCCUGCGCCAGAGGUGCCAACCAGCUCUCCACUCGGUGACCUCAAAUACUGCCCAUCAGAAGAAGAGGAGGUAACGUACACAGUCAUUGAUCAGUUCCAGCAGAAGUUUGGUCCUGCGAUACUCCACAUCAAGAAGCAGAGUGUCCUGAGUGUUGCUGCAGAAGGAGCUAACAUGUGUCGCCAUGGGAAACUCUGUUGGCUUCAGGUGGCCACAAACAGCCGAGUUUACUUGUUUGAUAUUUUCCUUCUGGGAAGUCGUGCUUUCAACAAUGGACUUCAGAUGAUCUUAGAAGACAAGAGAAUCUUAAAGGUUAUCCACGAUUGUCGCUGGCUUUCUGACUGCCUGUCUCAUCAGUAUGGAAUCAUGCUGAACAAUGUGUUUGACACACAGGUUGCUGAUGUCCUUCAGUUUUCCAUGGAAACGGGUGGCUUUCUUCCAAAUUGUAUCAGUACUUUGCACGAGAGUUUAGUCAGACACCUUAAAGUCACCCCUAAGUACCUCUCCUUUUUGGAAGAAAGACAAAAGCGCAUUCAGGAAAAUCCAGAAAUAUGGUUGACAAGACCUCUUCCGCCCUCCUUAUUGAAAAUCUUGGCCCUGGAGACAACCUACCUGCUUCCACUUCGCCUUGUGCUCUUGGAUGAGAUGAUGUCAGACUUAACCAUGCUGGUGGACGGGUACCUGAACACCUACCGAGAAGGCUCUGCAGACCUGCUUGCGGGCGCAGAGCCUGCGUGUAUGGAGCUGCCCGCAGAGCUUCUUCAACUCCAGGACUUCCAGAAGCAGCGCAGAGAGAUGGCUGCAAAGAAGUACAGAGCGAAUGCACAGGGCCUCCUAAUAAGGACGGUGCUGCACCCCAAGGAGCCAGUGGCUCCCAUAGCAGGGAAGGAGGACCGAGUCAGAGGUGUCCUGUUUUGUAAGACCUCUGGUGUAGACAAAGCCCCACACUUCGUGUGUCACGAAGCUCAGAAGGACGAGGAUUUUCUGGAUAAAGAAUCUAAACAAACCACAGCAACAUCUCAAGUUCUGCCUCCCAUGAAGGAAGGCGAAGCCAGUGAGGAUCCUGAGAACAAACCAGUGUAUCAGGAGUCAGGGGACCCCAAAGACUCGAGAACCCAGAAAGCCUACCCACUGGCCCCCUCACAGGAGCUCCACUCUCAUUUCUCUUUGAAAGAGGAGAUAGAACAGUUGCUGAUGGUCGAAAAUAAGGGAGCUUUAACAAGCCCACAGCAAGACACUUUGAUGUCAUCCACUGUUCCUCAAGAAGCCUGGGUGGCCCCGAGUAACACCUUCCAUCUUCCUGAAAGAGCUGUGGCUUCCACACUUCCACCCUGUCCAGCCCUGGAGAAAAUAGAUUCCUGGAUAAGUCCGUCUCUCAAUCUGUUUUAGGAUUUAAAGUCUGAUGCUGAGGCCAUUACGGGUUCUCAUCUACCUUGCCAACAGAGUUGUCUGAGUUUCUCAUGAGAUAGGUUGCUGAGGUCUCAGCCACAGGCUUCUGGGGAAAUGAUGGCCUUAGAUUUCAUGCUGAAUCCUGGUGUCCGGAUUAGGAGGGAACAAAUAAGUGAAAUAAUGGGCGAAGUCAAACUUCUGAUUCUGUCAGUCCAUGAGGAAAUAGUCCCAGUAGCCUGAGUAAUUCUCAUAAUUUAGGUUUAGAGGUUUUGAAGAGGAGGGGAAACAAAAGCUCGGGCUCAGCAUCUGGAAGGAUCUGGUUUAGGGUGCUGUAGGCAGCUCCUGUGGAGGCAGGGAGCUGGUGCAGCCACGUAGCCCUCUGCUUCAGUCUGCAGCAUCACCAAAACCAAAAGUCUUUGUGGACUGCUUAGGUUUAGCUUUGGUUUCUGCCCUUUGGAUUGCAGUAGAUCUAAAAACCCCUACUUAAAGUUUUAAAAGUCGUCUUUCUUUUCUCAAAAUAUUACUCGAAUUGUGAAUUUGUAUGUAUUGUAUCCUAGCAAAGAAGAGGUAAUAUAGGGUUCUGUCUCUCAAUUUUCUUUAUAUUUCAUUAACCUGAAGGCUUUGUUCACUCUGCUAACAAAGCAGGGAUCAGACUUCUUUGUUGUUAUUCCCUCCACGCAAAUGUAAGACUUGAGCUCAUUGUAUUUGCCUAGAGCUGUCUUACUUUCUUAAAGGGGGAACAACUCCACACAGGAGGGCCGUUUGUGUUGAGUGCUCGCCAGUCACCCUUACUCUUGUGUAAAACAACCAAUAAACCUGUUUUG